AUGACUUUUGCAGUUGCUCCAUCCUCACUGGUCCAUACACAAGCUGGCGUUUUAGAGCAGGGAAACAAGCUGGUAGAACUAGUUGAUCCAACCUUGGGAUCCGACUACAAUCAUAAAGAAGCAGAAACGAUUUUGGAGCUAGCGAUGAUGUGCAUUAACCAAUCCUCUUCACUCAGGCCCAUCAUGUCUCAGGUUGUGAAAGUCCUCGAAGGAAAUAUGGAUAUAAGAACCUUAAAAGAUGAGUUGGGAUAUGCCAAGGUCCUACCCAGUCUCUCUCAGCCCUCACAAUCUGGAAGCACUUCACAGGAAGGGACAUCAGUCCCUACUCUGUCUCAUUCUGUCAGCAAAGAAACUGGAGAACAAUCUGGGAUAUCACAACAAGCGACAUCAAGGCCUCUGGAUGAUGGUAAUGUUGAAAAAUAA